CAUGUUCCACUGUCAAAUUUGGUUGUCAUGUACUUAAAAUUAAUAAACGACAUUUAAUACAUUUACUUGCAAUAAAUAUUUAUAAAUUAGUUUAAAUAUAAAUUCAAACAAUGUUAAUACCUACUUGUCUAAUCAAACUCACCGAACUUCUUUUAACAAUAGCGUGCCUAGUGCUGCACCACUACAGUUACGACCUCACAGACGUGCCCACUCUGAUCUUAUGCUCCGGGACUUAUGUCGGCUUCAUAGUGGUACUUUCGGGAGAAAUUGUCGGGGAGAUGAUAUUCGCGCCGCUGGACCUUCUCCAAGACAUGUAUUUUGGCAUUGUGGGCAUGGUCAUGUUCUCCGUGUGCGGCGGAUUGGUGCUCUCUGCGCGGAUGAAGCCCUCGAUUGUCCCUCGCACCGGAGACCCCACAGCCGGCACUAUAGCAGCAAGCUUGGCCCUUCUCAAUGCUUUACUCAUGUUUCUGGAUCUAAGCAUGGGAUAUUUGGACUCUGAGGAAUUUAACGAGGAAACCAGCGUGUGAUAGUAAGCUUUAACGUUGAGAAGUGAACUUUUUAUGAAGUCCGUAUGCCACUCAAAAAUGUAACUGCAAAACGAAUACAUAUAUUUAAAUCCGGUCGAACAACCCGAUAUGCUCAGGAUUACGGGACUGAUAAUCGACAUCCGGCAGCUUUUCCUGUCCUAGAUUAUUCACAAUAAAAGUGCACUUCUUUGCAGUGUUUUAUGAUAAAUUCAAUUGUUUGUAUAAAUGCGACUUUUAUGGAAAUUAAAACCUCCAAAUGAAA